AUGAACUCCGAGAAGGUUGUUGCCAUCAUUUUGGCUAUUUUCUUGCCUCCAUUGGCCGUUUUCAUGAAGGUUGGUUUAGGUGGUCAAUUCUGGUUGAAUUAUAUUACUAUUGUAUUGCUGCAUGCUAUGAUAGAUAUGUCAGAUAGUGGUAACAAUACCAGAGGGGUAACCACUACAAAAAUGGACAUUCCUCCCGCUGUUGGAAGCAGCGACCUUCAAGCUUGUGUCUCUUCGGUAAGGGACAACUCAUCUUUAGCCGGUAAGGAGCAAGAUAUCCCUACAGAGUUACCUCCAUUUUCAUUUAGAAAGAAACCUAUCAUGUAUACUAGCAUCCACUCAAACUCGGGUUCCAGUAUCAUUUUUAAAGAUUUUGACUACGAUGAACAAAUAAGAGCUCCCAGAAUGGCUAAUUCCACCACUGCAGCUGCCAUAGUUAAGAGAAGUGACGAUGAACAAGAUUCAACGCACGAAGCGUCGCCUUUAAAUACACACAUGCUUCCUCUGCCUUCAUCAAAGGAUCCACCUGCAAAAUACCAUCCAGCUAUAUUUGAUUUAACAAAGCCCACAAGAAGAUUCAGCGUACCCGAAGUACCAGAAGGUGAUGACUUUAUUUUAAACUACACCACCAAUAACUAUAUUUAUAAUAAAGAAAACACAACCACUUACUUUUCAAACUUAGGGGAUGGCCGCAUUCGAAAUCAACCAUCAUUGAAUAAUUUGACCAGCAAUACUAAUGAACCGAGCACUGUUAUAAGCAACGAUAAGUUGAAAUGCAUGUAUGAGCUAAAAAAACCCAUGUGUGUCCCUGCUGUCCUUCGUCCGAAUACUGCUACCUCAAAUGGUAAUUUUCAUUCUCAUCUCAUGGCACCCAACAAUAAUGAGUCCGGACUGGGACUGGAACAUGCUAGUUCUUCAUCAUCACCCCUGGAGUUCACACUUAAUUCAUCAGUGAUGGCUGUUAAGAAUGACAACUCCCCUACUGGUUCCCUCAAUACUUCCCUGGUUUCGGGUUUACUAAUUCACCCAAUGUCAAGCAGAUUUCCUGUGUCUCCAGAGCUUGAAGCGGUUAGAACAAAUUCAACUUCUAUGUCCUUAAUAACAGGCACGACUUCAGGCAUAUUUGAAGGGUGCAAUACUCUUGAUAAAGUUGUAAGCCAUGAUCCAGAGCUCACAUCUGACUCUAACUGGAGAAAGGAUUCCUCAUUGCAAUUAUUCUCGGGUGAAGAUAUGAAAGAGCCAACUCAUAUUCAUUGGAAACCUCAAAAUGAGUUUUGUAUGAAAUGCUUCGAGUCCUUUGGGUUGCUUAGACGUCGGCGUCGGCAUCAUUGCCGAUUUUGUGGCCUUCUUAUUUGUUCUUAUUGUCUUCAAGAAUCCAAGGUCGAAACUAAUACAAACAUUAAUUUCGUUGCUUAUGGCUCACAAGGAAGAGAUGUUAAGAAUAGACCGAGAACUAAUGAAAGCUAUAGAAGCGGAAAGGAAGGAGACAAUAUAGCACCUAAAGGAAUUUUACUAGAUGGCAAUGCUAGGUUUGUCAUUCCGAUCAAUAACGCAUUUGAUGUAUUUUCACACUUUAAGGCUAGUAAAGUGUGUAAAAAUUGUGGAGAGCUUUAUGGCAAGCUUUUAACUGAUGUACGUGGACAACGCCUUCCAUUCAACUUUGUGUUUAUAGAGAACCCAUACGUUAAGAAAAGACUAGCUGGUGGACCAAAUCCAAUGUUAUCAAAAGGAGAACGAGGUCAAAGUGUGGUUGUCCUUACUGGUGGAAAUGGUACUGGCAUUGGUAGCACUAACAUCUCUAGUGAUUUUCUAACACCCAUUACGUCUAUCGAUUAG